AUGAUCUGGAACGCAAUACAGCGUCACUGUACGUUCGCGUUUCUCCGCCUUGCUAAAAACUCGAGCCACAAACGACACGCAGACCAGAGUGCAUGCGCCGGUUGUUGCAUCCGACCGCUAUUUCUUUUCGUCGUGCAGAGGCUAUUUGCGUGGCGGUCGGCCGUAGUUCAGAGUUUCCGUAUCGCGCCCGGACGUUACACGCGUGCUGCUAAUUUACCAGACGAACACGAACUAGUAAUACCACGAAAGGUCAGAUCGGAUGGAAGUUUUGUAUCUCACCAAAUACCUCAUCACUUUGAAUGUUCUUUCUAUCGAAAUCGAAACAUUUCGACAUCCGAUGGUGCUGUUCACUAUCGUUUACGUAUUGGGCACAAAGAGCAUCACAUCGAGCUAUAUCCCAAUUACCGACUCCUUGGACCAGCUGCGAUAGUCGAAAAACAUCAAGGAUCGCAGGAUUUUUUGAAUAAUAUGCGAUUGAAGCGAUUACGAGAUACGCAAUGCCACUAUCGGGCCCGUGUGCGCAACGAAUUGGAAGAUAGUGCUUUAUCCACCUGUUAUGGACUUGUUGGAUACAUCAAAACGAAACAUGCAUGGUACAUGAUUGAACCAGUAGCCGGGCAUGACUUUACCAAAGAAAUAGAACAUCCGCAUAUUGUGUAUAAAAGGAGUCCGGACGAUUUUCAAACUACUGAUAUGCGGAAUCUUUGCAACGUCAUUAGCAAUACAUCCAGGAUCAUUGCCAAGCGUGCUUUGAAUCCGCCGAAGAAAGCGCACGCAAACUCAAACGAGAACAAAUCAUACACGCUAGAAUUGCUGGUCGUAUUGGACAAAUCUUUGUUAGAUUAUUACAAAAAACCGUCGUUUGACGUCGAAAAUUAUAUACUGACGCUCUUCAACAUGGCGAGUUAAAAAUUUGAA